AUGGCUCUUCGUCCCGAUGAUGUACACCUGGUUCAGCUUUACAUUUAUGACAUUUCAAAAGGAAUGUCAAAAAUACUGUCUCGAGCGUUGAUCGGAAAGCAAGUUGACGGAAUUUGGCACACCGGCGUCGUAGUUUACGGACGUGAGUACUUCUUCGGAGCCCAUGGGAUUUCUACUUGUGACCCUGGAGGAACCAUUUUGGGGGAGCCGAAUGAGAUAGAAAUCCUGGGAGAGACACAGAUACCACAGGACGUUUUCCAGGAGUUCUUGACCGAGUUGGAAUCAGAACGCUUCAGGGGCUCCAAGUAUCACCUGCUGCACCACAACUGCAACACGUUCUCCAACGAACUGUCCGAGUUCCUAGUCGGUGUUUCGAUCCCCGCACACAUAAUUGACUUGCCGCAGGAAAUCCUAUCCACGCCGAUUGGCGCGACUAUCGUGAGUUUGGUGGAAAGGAUAGGGCCGGUGCCUACGAGUUUCCAUCCGGGCUGCACAGUGGGCGCUUCAUCCUCUGCGUCGCCGCAAGUGGAGAACACAGUGUCAAACGUGAGCCUGGACUCCGUUGCCGUUCGGGAUACGACGGUGGUGACGAAGGACGAAGAACAACAGCGGGUUGUGUCGGUUGUUGAAGGAGCUGCGAGUGCUGGUGUGGUUGAGGAAUCGGUGGACGUUGCGGGAAAGCCGAAAUUAGAAACCGAUAAUCCCUGGUGA